GAUUCCACAUUAAAUCGGAGCUUUAAACAAACUUUAACGACAAUAAUUCCAAGAAACGUGGCGACAAACUUGUGUGCAUCUGACUCAAUCCGAGGCGGUGGCUCUUCGGAAAUCGAUCUGGAAAACAGCUGAAUCAAUCGGAGGAAAUCGGCUUCUGGAUUCGAGAAGCUCCGAGAGGCGACAUCGUUCCAGUCCGCUUUUAGUUGCUUUUUCACUCGCCUCCGGAUCGCUCAGCCAUGCAGAACAAGAUGCGGCUAAUGCGGGAGUAUAGCUCCUACGAUGAUCUCAGCGCACCCUUCGGGAUGUACGGGUCACAGUCCCUGGACUCGCUGCAGGAUCAUGUGGAUAUGAACCCCAGCGGAAGCGAUGGUUUGUCCACAGAGGAUCUUGACUACUAUCCAAAUUGCGCCCAGUCUCACUCUGGAUUACUGAGGGAGCACAACUUUAAGGUGAAGUCUUACUACUACAACGUGGGUCACUGCGUGCACUGCCGGAAGCGGAUCCGCUUUGCCAUGGCCAGUUUGCGUUGCCGGGCGUGUCCCCUUCGCUGUCACAUUGCCUGCUGCCGCCAGCUGACGGUGAACUGCAUUCCACAGCCACAAAUAACCACGAAACGUGGCAAUCUCAGCGAUUAUGCUCCCCGAGUGGCACCCAUGGUACCGGCCCUCAUAGUCCAUUGCGUGACGGAGGUGGAAUCCAGGGGCCUGCAGCAGGAAGGACUCUAUCGCGUGUCCUCGACGAGGGAAAAGUGCAAACGCCUGCGGCGGAAGCUGAUCCGCGGCAAGACCACGCCACAUCUGGGCAACAAGGACAUUCAUACAUUGUGCUGCUGCGUUAAGGAGUUCCUCCGGCAGCUGAUCCAUCCCCUGAUACCCAUCUACCACCGCAGAGACUUCGAGGAGGCUACGCAACUGGAGGACCCAAUGGCAGUUGAGGAGGCUGUCUAUUUGGCCGUCCAGGAUCUGCAGCAGGCUCACAGGGACACGUUGGCCUAUCUGAUGCUCCAUUGGCAGCGAGUUGCCGAUAGCCCACCAGUCCGGAUGACGGUCAACAAUCUGGCCGUGAUCUUUGCCCCCACUCUCUUUGGAGAUUUGGAUUUGAACCUGGUCAAUGUGGUUGUUUGGCAACAGGUGCUGAAGGUGUUGCUUCUCCUGCCGCCUGAUUUCUGGUCUCAAUUCCUGGAGGUCCACCCUGUACCCUCGCCGAUGGGCAGCACCUGCGACUACGAGGAGCGCUACAGGCAACGGCCCUGGGAUCACUCUUCCAACCUGCGUUGGAGCUCCUUCAAGACCUACUUUAGAUCUAUGGUAAACCUCAGCAGCACCCACUUGUGAUUUAAGCAGAUUGGUGAUUGGACCUUUAGUCCAAGAAAUUAAUCACUA